AUGCAGGCUUACAAGAAGGACUUUCUGGAUCUGGCUACCAAGUACGAGGCCCUCAAGUUUGGCUCCUUCACCCUCAAGUCCGGCCGAACUUCACCCUACUUCUUCAACCUCGGUCUCUUCAACACCGGAGUCGCUCUGUCCACUGUCGGAGCUUCCUUUGCCCAGGUGAUCAUCAACUCCGGAGUCGAGUUUGACGUCAUUUUCGGUCCCGCCUACAAGGGUAUUCCUCUGGCCGCCGUCACCGCCGCCAAGAUUGCCGAAUUGGGCGGAGAGAAGUACGCUACCAAGGAGUACGCUUUCAACCGAAAAGAGGCCAAGGACCACGGUGAGGGAGGAAACAUUGUGGGAGCUUCUCUCAAGGGCAAGAAGGUGCUGAUUAUCGACGACGUUAUCACCGCUGGUACUGCUAUUAAGGAGGCCUUCUCAAUCAUUGACGCAAACGGCGCUACCGUCUCUGCUGUGGUCAUUGCACUGGAUCGACAGGAGACCACUGUUGACAGCCCCAAGUCUGCCGUUCAGGUUGUUUCCCAGACCUACAACGUGCCUGUUCUCAACAUCUUCAACCUCAACGACGUCAUCCAGUACACCGAUGGCAUCUUGACCGAGGACGAGAAGAAGAAGAUUGAGCAGUACCGAGAUCAGUACUCGCCUAAGGAGUAG